CAACCGGAAGUGACGUCUUCACUAGUGUGUGCAGCAAGAGAAGCUGGAGUCGCUCAACCGGGAUAAAAAAAUAAACCAUUAUAAGGAAAAAGGAUGGUGACGGAUGUGCAGCUGGCCAUCUUUGCCAACAUGCUCGGCGUGUCCCUGUUCCUGCUGGUCGUGUUGUACCAUUAUGUUGCUGUCAAUAACCCCAAAAAGCAGGAGUAGAGUCCACCUGCAGAGGUGAGAUGUGCAUCGGAGCCAUGACUCUCCUCCAGUUCUUUUCUGAAAGACCAUUUUCUGUUGCACCAUAGUAUUUUUGUUUUCUAAUA